AUGGAACGCAUGCGGCAGGAGGCCACUAGAGGCUAUGGCCGUUUAGGCGAUGUGUUGGAAGGUUUGAAGGAUGCGGACGAUCGGAAACGCUCCGGUUUGAAGGGUCUGGCAGAGAUCGAUGUGGUGAAGACACGAGUGGAAACUGCCUGCAACGCACUGAGGGAGGUGGGUUCUUGGGAACGAAAGGUGAAGGACUGCGAACAGAUGGUCCACGCCGGAAAUUUGAGCGAAGCCUUGGGCCAACUUCAAGGCUUGAAAGGCGCGGCCGGGUGUCGCUUGGGACGCCAGGAAAAUGGCUGGCCCCUUUCGGCCUUUCGGGUUGAAAGGCUGAAAAGAUGGGAAAAUGUCACCAUGACAAUUGCUGAUCAAUAG